AUGGCGACCUUUGCUUCGCGGCGAUGUCGCGGGAUUUUCCGGGCUGCAAGGGCUGUCAUGGGCUUCGCUUUCUUGUUUGGGGCAACGGCACUCAAUGAGGCAUGGGUUCCUGGACGAAUCUCUGCGGCACGGCGAAGUCGAGAGAGUGUAGCCAGAGGUGAUGGUGCAAGAGAAGAGUCUCAGGAGCUAAUGGACCAGCUAGCCGACGACAUGGAUGAGCUGAUGAAACUGCUACAAGAAGGAAAGACAGAAGGAGACGAUUCCAGUGAGGAUUCCAAUGAGGAUUCCAGUGAGUCUGAUGUGGACAUGGUGGAUGGGGAUGUAGAUGACUUAGAGGCCAGCCCGGAGACAAGCGAGGCAGCCCUUGUCACAGUUGAUACCGAGGCAGCUCAAGCCAUCUCCUGCUUGGACGUCUCUGGCCUGCGAAGAGUGCCUGGUAGUGCCAACGAGUACAUCGUCACCACCCAACAGCUGCAAUCCAUAGUCAACUCAAAGGUGCAGCAAUUUACUGCUGUCAUCAAGGGCUUUGAAAAGUACAUAGAGGAGCUAGAGCAGGAACUUGAGAGCACCGAGACAGAGCUGGAAGAGAAAGACGCCACUUUGCAGGUGGAAAAUGAAAGAAGGCAGGCUCUAGAGGCUGAGCUUUUGACUUUGAAAGGAAGGGCAGAGGAGAUGGAGCAACAGUUAGCCGAUGCGCAACAGGACAGAAGCGGAACCAGGGCUCGUGUAUUUCUCAUUGUUUCUCUAUGUUUACGCCUACGCAGUGUCUACAUAUGUGCUACAUGCAUCUGCAUGCACUUUUUUUCCCUUGUUGACAUAUUCAAUAUGUGGUAA